UAAUGCAUCCGUUCCAUAGUAAUACUUUCAUAGGCCCACAACAACACAACACAGAGCAGAGGCUUAAUUUGUGAUCAAAGCGCAAUGUCUGCAAAAUUCGUUGCCUUGAUGCAACAGCGGACUUCCUGUCCUCAAUUUAAGAGCCACAGGUUGAAAAAAAAAAAAAAUCAAAGUGUAUAUAUAUGUAUGCCAGGGUUAUGUAUUUAGUAACUUCUCUGCUGGUUCUUCACACCCGUCAACAUGGCUCCCAGUGGUAUUCUCAUUGUGACAACCGCUCUCCUGUGCAUCCUACUUGGCCUGCUCACUCCAGCUCCAGCUGCCCAAGGUUCCCCAUGGAGCAAGUCCUGUUGUACCAGAUACUUUAGGAAGCCGAUACGCUUCCAGCAUAUAAAGGGCUACAGAGAACAAACUCUCUGGGAAAACUGUCGCAUCAAGGCAAUCGUUUUACUCACGGUUUGGAAGCAAGAGAUAUGUGUGAAUCCGGACGACAAGUGGGUGAAGAAAAUUCUGAAAUUACUCAGUUCAAAACUGUCCAAGAUGUCCAAGGACGGCUCUGCGGCGGGUGAAACUCACACGAAGAAAGGUGUGACGCAUGCAUUUAAUGAUGGAAGUGGAUCUUUCAGUACCACAGAGACCUACCCAAACAUCACUGAGAGUUUUGAUUAGCAAAAACCAGGUUGUUGCCUCAGAGUAAAAUGAUCUGUGUUACAGGAAUGACAAUUUAAGGGAAGUGUUUCGGAGAAACUAAACUUACUGCAAUCCUGUCACGGUGGCGAUAUUAUCUCUGAAAAAGCAAAGAAAUGCUAAUUACUUUUAUUUGGUUAAACAUAUGCAGCUUCAGCUCUAAUACUCCAUUUAAUCACGACUUAAGGGGAACCUGAAAAGAACAGCUUUUAGAUCAUUGAUCAGAUUAUGCGCUUAGCCGCUUAGUGAAUGUUUAAGUGAACAUCUCUGUUUUUAAAUCAUGCUGUGACUAUACUGUCUUAUAUCCUGCAAUUAAUCUCUUGUUUAACCAAGUUGAUGUGCUAAAAAAUGAAAAUAGCAAUUCUUAUAAACCAAUAAACUUACUUCAUAAU